AUGCACCACAACGACCACAGCAACGGGAUGCCCAUGUCAAUGGUCUUCGACACCAGCACCGAGAUUACACUUUUCUUCCAAGGUUGGACGACUACCACAGCAGCCUCGUACAGUCUUACGUUACUCUUCCUCUUCGCCCUGGCCGUGUUCAACCGCUUCCUGGGCGUGCUAAAGUUCCAGCUCGACGUAAAGCACACCCAACCGACGGAGGGCAGAGUUCCCAAGCUACAGCAGCCCAGAGCGCGACGCCGACAUGCCAUUCCCAAGGCCCGCUUGAGUCCCCAGCCUCGAUACAUGCAGGUUGCCGAAACCGAUACCGAGGAUGAGGCGCCUUUCUCGUCGGCUCAGUUCCUGGAGUCGGAUGCGGAACACACACGCCAUGAGUUUCCUUCCGACUUGAUUCAGGAGCCGCAAGGCCCCUUGGGCACGCGUCGUUGGUGGAACGUGUACAGACGCUGGAGUUGGCGACGGGAUGGAACGGGCUCGCUUCUCGAGGGACUCCGGGCUCUGGUGGGUUACGCAUUAAUGCUGGCCGUGAUGACGUUCAAUGUGGGGGUGCUCUGCGCGGUGGUGGGAGGCAUUGUAGUGGGCGAAUUGCUCUUGGGGCGCUAUGCACAGCCUUCAUUAGGAUGGCAGGAUGACGCAUGUCAUCAUUAG